AUGGGUGAUGGAAAGCAGCUGUUCGAUGCGUGUCGUUCAUCAAAUCCACAAGAGGCGCUGCAGCUGGUGAGCAGUUGGGACCAACAACGUAUUCGAGAUGCUGCCCAAAAAAGAAGUGAGGGUGGCUAUACACCACUGCACUGGGCCUGCUAUUGGGGUCAUGACAACGUGGUGGAGAUGCUGUUAAAGCACGGUGCUGAUGCUAAAGCCAAGAACGACAGUGGCUGGACACCACUGCACUUGGCCUGCGCUUACGGUCAUGUCAAGGUGGUGGAGAUGCUGUUGAAGCACGGUGCUGAUGCUAAUGCCAAGAACAAGGGUGGUCGAACGCCCCUCGAAUGCGGACGUCACAAUGGACAUGGCGACAAGCUGGAGCCCGUGUUUGCUGCCCACGAGACUCGCCUAUCGCAAUCACCCGCGCCCCUCGCUCCGCCCACGCCGGCACCGCCUUCUGCCUGGCUGCCGCCUCUGCCCCCCACCCCCACCCUCGAGACCACGGCCUCUGUUGUGGUGGCGGUGGAUACCUGGCUCAGGCCCCUCUUGCCGGAGCGCACCACCAGCCAUCCCCUCCCCCACCUCGAUGCCUUUAUCAGCGGUGCCGCCAAACAAAACCCCAAUCUUGCAACGGCAGUUGCGGACAUCCAGAGGACCAUCGAUAAAGCGCCACCAGAGUUUCCUGCCAUGGACUGGGCUGCCUUCCAGGCGACCACCACCCAGGCCCUCGGCGCGCUCGACCAGGCACUGGCAGCGCCCGAAGCGUUGAACAACCGCUUGGGUCAAUUGGACCCCAACACUGACAACCUAGAAUCAGUACUGCAAGCGCUGCACAAUGCCGCUGCUGGUUUUGAGCUACAGCCAGUGCUUCUCGAGCUUCAGACCGUGCUGGCAGCGUGCCCCGCUCCACCCACCACGCUGACAAUGGCACCCGAAACGCCGCCCGCCAACCUCGGUGCAGCCCUGGAUAAAGUCGCCAUGCUACGCGACGUGGAAACCAACCGCAUAGAACUGUUCACCAACGCCAACAGCAACCUCCAGCAGCUGGCGAAGGCGCUGAUUACUGCCCUGCGUGCUGUGGCAAGAGCGGGAACCACUGACACGGACCAUCGCGUCGAUACACUCGAGCAGAGUGCGCAAGGCUUGGAUUUGAGUGCACCACCUCCAGCCGAGGCAUUGCCCGAGGCCUGGGAGGAGUUGUGCCAAGCCCACGAAAAGCUGAGCUUGCCCGAGCAGAACGGCCUGGAGCAGCUGAUAACCUGGAGAGCAGAGCAUGACUAUGGACAUCAAGACUGGUAUCUGGCGUUUGCGCUUCACGAGGCGCAAGCCCUGGUGCAGCAGUUGCAAGACAUGAUCGACUGGCAGACCACGACGCUGUCCGUGCUAACUUCGUGCCAAAGCUAUGCCGAUGGCAUCACGCAGAGCCGCACGGAUCAAGUCGUAUCCAUCCACGAGAAAGUGGCCGAGCUGCAGAACAACAUCCAGGCAACCACGGCAUUCUUGCCCUUGGCUCCCGAAGAGAUGCGAGCUGGCCUCGAGGCUCGAUUACAAACUAUGAAGGAGCGUUUGGUCAUUUUGCAGCGACAACUAUCGGAUCAAACACAGGUAGACCAGGUGGCGGCACUGGCAGAGCUGCUACACCAACACUUCCCAGCUCUUCUGGUCUUUUUGUACCCUGACCAGAGCGCGCUGGGAGCGCGGCUCCGCACAGUGCUUGGCCCCGACCUUCCAGCCAGCCUCAUCUUGGAGGCCAUGACCGAAGUAGACCAGGGUUUGACGCUCUCCAGCCUGGGCCAACUGUCUCUCCAAUACAACCAGAAUCACAAGGUGUACAAAGCCCGCGCAACGCUGCCGAAUCUUUCUGAGCAAGAUUUGGCUGUGAAAGAGUAUGCACUUGCCGAGCAACACAAGCAGGACCAAUGCCGGACAUUUCUCCGCGAACUCCGCGCCAUGCGUCAGCUUGAGCACCCAUACAUCGUCCCAGUCCUCGGCGCGCUUGUGGAUGUGCGAGAUGGCCACCCAAGCGCAUACCUGGUACAGCCAUGGUGUACACAGGGGGAUCUGCAGCAGUGGCUCGGUAGGGCGCGCCAUCUGGCCACCUCGACCGUGGUUGCAGGACUCAUGACGCAGCUGCGCAUGGCCCUGGCGUUUAUGCACAGCAAGGGCCUGGUACACCGAGAUGUCAAGCUGAGCAAUGUCAUGUUAGACGGCGAGGAGGACCAGCCCGUCGUGCGGCUGGGUGAUUUUGACAUUGCCAAGGCCGCCGCUGAAGCCACCAUGCUACCAUUCACGGCUACUGCCCUGUCUGGCACGGCGGGCUACGUCGCUCCAGAGGUGCUUUUUGGCCGUGGUCGUGUGGGGGCGCGUCCGGCACAGGAUGCCUUUGCCUUUGGCUGCGUUCUCUACAACACAUACAUGUUCCCGCGAACGGUGCCGCCGGCUCGGUCGCAGACCGAUGAGGUUGUGGAUCAAUGCAGAUGGAGCAUGCAUCUGGAAGAUCUCAACUGCGCCUUCCCUCAGUUGGCUACCGAGAUGUGCGACUCGACGAGCCAGCUGUACAAGGAAACGCGAGCUUUGCUUGCAACAGAUCAGAAGCAAAGGCCGAAUCUACUUAGCGCCGGGCAAAUUCUACAGCAACCUGCUGCCCAAGUCGGGCCAGCCAUUGACGUUUUGCGCGACGCGCCCGAGCUUAUUCCAGAGGUGGCUGAGCUGCUCUGUCAAUUGAGCCCUGAUGGGCGGGGACUAGCCAACAUUGUCGUACAACGAGUAGAGCGCGUUCAAAACCCCGUGUUGUGGGAGCGCUACAGUGCAAAGCGGCGGGAGAUGUUGCAUCGCAUCGACAACAACAAUCACGUUGCACAACUCCGUACAGAUGAUGUGGAUGCACUACCAGGUCAACCAGUCUUGCAUUGGGACUCGCCAUGCCAAGAGCGGUUGCUGCUUCACGGCAUAAGUGCCGAUCGCGCGCUAUGCGAUAAGGUUGCGCGGUUGGGUUUUGACAAGCGCUUUAGUGGAAGCAACGCUGGUCAUCGAUUUGGUUUCGGUGUAUACUUGACUGAUAACCCUGCAGAGAGUCAUCGAUUUGCAAUGCCGUGCUCGGAGGACAACGAGCAUGUGUUGAUUAUCACGCGCGCACUUCUGGGGCAAACCUACGUCCUCGAUCAAGGGGAAAUCAAGCUUGAUCGCAGCUCGUGGUUAGCUCCACCCUUGCUGCAAAGCGCACCCAGCAAUGAGCGAUAUGACUCGGUGCUUGCGACGCCAGCUUGUGAGCAUCAUGAAGUUAUUGUUUUCGAAACCGAACAGCUGUAUCCUGAGCUCUUUGUUCACUACAAGUUGGAAGACAGGACUGAUACCAGCGCCAAGCACGCAAAGCGUUUUGUUCAGCCUCUUUAGCGCAUUUAAUUCGGCUCACAAAGUCAAACACGCCCGUUUCCAAUUGACUCUCUCGAGCAG